UUCCGCGGAUCCAGGACAUAUAGGUAACGCGCGCGACUGUUUAUCACGAUGACUGACUGGAUGGGCAUUGAACUUUUCCUUUCGCCAAAUUCACAGAUAACUUGACUAAGGGGCAGGAGGAGGUAAGGAGUCGGCUAGGUACAGUCGAACGAGCGGCCGCUUCCGUUUGUAAAGCCGUUUGCAGGGCCGGUAACCUUGUGCACGUAUAGGCACUCCGUCAAUUCUGGGUCUCGUUAUUUGACUCCAUAUCAUCGUCCCCUGACCCCGAGCGGCUAACGGAGGAGCUGUGGCUAGCCUGUGCGGAAGACCGGCCGUGCACGCUCAUGCUCCGGUACCUGCGAGCGAGGAAAUGGGACGUGGCCAAGGCCGUUGCGCAAACGGUUGCGACACUGAAGUGGAGGGUGGAAUUCGGAGUGAGCAAAGUUUUGGCGCUGGGAGAGCGAGCGUGUGAUGUUAAGGAGUUGGAGAGUGGCAAGACGUACUUUCAGGGAAGGGAUAAGGAGGGGCGGCCUUGCUGCUACGUCCACGCAGCCCUCCACGACAAAACAAUAACCGACCGUGCCCUCGGCAAAAACCUGACCGUCCUCACCUUGGAAACCGGCCGGUUCCUCCUUGAGCCGCCUCAAGAAAUGGCCACCAUCGUGUUCGACAUGACUAACUUUGGACUCAAGAAUAUGGAUUACGAGUUUGUCAAGUUCCUGCUGCAGUGCAUGCAGGAUUUCUACCCCGAGUCGCUUGGAAAGGCUCUUGUCGUCAACGCGCCGUGGGUGUUCAACGGCUGUUGGGCGAUUAUCAAACCGUGGCUGGAUCCGGUGGUCGUGUCAAAGAUCCAUUUUGUGAAGGUGGACGAGUUGCCCAAGCAUAUUGAUGUUGCGCAUUUGCCGGAGAAAUUGGGAGGGAAAGCGAAGGAUUACGCGUACGUUCCACCAAGCGAAGCCGAUGAGGCGGAAUACCAGAGGCUAAGGGCAGAUAAGGAUGGGGAAGCGAAAGCGUGGACUGCGUUUAGGAACGCAUAUACGAAGUUCGACAAAGUGACGCUGCAGUGGGCGAAAGGUGAUGCGGGGAAGUUGGAGGAAAAGCCGGAAGCCGAGAAAGAGCUGAAGUUGACGUACAAUGAGCUGUCUCCGUAUAUCAGGACAAGAACCAUCGUUCACCGCCGCGGUUUGCUAAACGACCCUGCGUUCCCACCUCAUGCGUAAUCUCACUCCCCUUAUUUCGAGUCACCUCAUUUCAGGCGUUACUUUUUAGAAUGCAGACUUCACCCUAGAGCCUCC